GCUCUCGGAGAUGGCGAAGCCGAGGCCGAAGCCAAGGGAGGAAGCGGAGGAGGAGGAGGAGGGGAUCGUGAGGUGUUUGAAGGUGGGUCCAAGCCUUAACUCCAUCAACGGCAGCUACAAUGAGAGGUUUGGGGAGAACUCCGAGGUUUGCAGCAUGAGCGAGGGCUUCUCCAUCUCAACAACGGUGACGAAGAAAAGAGGAGGGGAGGAGGGGGAUGCGGUGGAGGGUGAGACCAGGAGAACGAGAGAGGAGAAGUUGCCGAUGAGGCUUCAGCAGAAGCGCUUCAUCUCCGAUGGGAUUGCUCGCAACAAAGAAAGGAGCAUCGGCAUCACCAUUGGUUGGCGCAGUGGGAGGGCCUCUCCAUUGUUGGUGAAAAGGAGGGAGGGGGCCGUCGGGCAGACAUAUUCUGCCAGGGAAGGGGGGUAAGGGCAGGUGGCAAGAAGCCGUGUUCCGAUCGAGAAUGGAUUCCGCAAAGACAUCGAGGAGAGGUGAGAUAGGGAGAAAGGGGAGGAGACGGGGC